AUGGAUAGAACAUUUGGAGCACGCCAUAUGUCAAUUGAAACUCGAAAGUCCAUUCUUCGAGGAAUCGAUCAAGGAAUGAGGCAAGUCGAAUUAGCAAAACUCUUUAACGUCUCCAGAGCGACCAUCUCCGCUUUUCUGAAAAGGGUAUCAACAUGUGGAGUAAUUGGAGCAACGCCGAAUCCAGGACGAAGCCGGAUGACCACACGAGUCAUCGAUAGGAACAUCCUUCGAAUGAGUCGUGCUAAUCCUAGUCUCACUGCCUCCGAUAUUCAAAGUGAAUUGGCCAUCGCAAAUCAACAGAUCCCAUCAGUUAGAACUGUUCGAAGACGCCUACAAGAUGCCGGACUCAAUGGAAGGCGUCCUGCAAAAAAACCACUCAUUUCAAAAAAGUAUCGCGUUGCUCGUGUCAAAUGGGCUAAGGAACAUAUUGGUUCGACUCGCCAGCAGUGGAACAAAGUUCUAUUUUCUGAUGAAUCCAAGUUCAAUUUGAUGGGAAGUGAUGGUAUUAAUAGUCAUGGAGUCGGACCUCUUCGCCGAAUUCAUGGAAGUUUGGACAGAUACGGUUAUGAGAAGAUCUUAGAAACAACAAUGCGUCCAUUUGCUCUUCAAAUCAUUAGCAGAGGAUUCAUCUUUCAGCAAGAUAAUGACCCGAAGCACACACCCUCGUAUAUUCGUGACUGGUUCAACCGGCGUCAUGUGGAAGUUCUUGACUGGCCAAGUCAGUCUCCGGAUUUGAAUCCGAUUGAACAUUUAUGGGAAGAGCUGGAACCUCGCAUGAAAGGGAAAAAAGCAAGAAAUUCUGCCGAAAAAUUUGCUCAAUUUGAAGAAGCCUGGAAUGCUAUCCCACAGUCUUGUCUUGACAAUUUGUUGGACUCGAUGCCACGAAGAUGCCAGGCUGUUAUUGAUGCUAAAGGUUUUGCAACGAAGUACUAG